UACCGAAGCCGGCUGACAUAAAUCCAUCGGAGAGCCAAUCGACAGGAAGCAAGAGCGAAGGCGGCCGAAAGACGAGCAAAAUCACAAUAGUACCGUCACAGCCGAAGAGCGACAAAAAUGCAGCGGCAGCAGCAACGACGACUACGGCGAGCACAAAGGUGCGCGAAAACGGCCGGCCGGAGCCGUCGAGCGCCAGGCCCCAGCUCGAGCGCCAGGUGCGGGUCGAAAAAUCGAGGUCGCGCGGCGAGCCCUUGCCCCUCGCCAAGAGCGAAAGCACAACCACAACCGGAGCGCCAACGUUGUCGAAGAGCGCCUCGCGGGCCAACAUCCCGCCACCGCCGCCUCCACGGCCUCCGCCGCCGCCACCUUCGCGUGUCGUGGUGCCGGUGCUGAAGGACCUGCCCCCCCUGACGGAGACCCAGAAGAUGACCCUCGAGAUGCUCAAGUCCCGGCCGAGGAAGCGCCCCGACUGGGGUGACAUGAUGAAGGAGGUCGAGAGCGGCAAAAAGCUCAGGCAUGUACAGUGCAACGACAGGAGCGCCCCGCUCAUCGAGCGCGUCAAGGUUACCAAAGUCACGGCCGAUCCGGAAGCAGGAGAGGCGCACUUUGUCUUCGACUCGGAGAAGUCGAACAUGCACAACAAGCUACUGAAGCAGAUCCAGGAGGGCGUGAAGCUGCGCAGCGUCAAAACAAACGACAGAUCCAAGCCGGUGCUCGAGGGUCUGCGGAAGUUCCGCCGGCAACUGACGAUAGAGGAACAGAUGCAAAAGGCCGAGCACGCGCCCGAGCAGGAACCCAUCGCCGACGAGAUGGACGACAUAGACGCGGUGCGCGACGACCUCCAGAGCACCAAGCAAAUGCUCGCCCUCGAGCUCAGGAACAAGGAGGCCCUCGAGAGGGAGAACAAAAGGUUGCAGAGUCCCUUAGGUAGAAAAAGCCCCGAAGCGCAUCUAGUCGAGCUACAGCGUGAAAAUGUUCGCUCGCAGGCGAGGAUCCUGAACCUCGAGGUGGAGCUCGAGCAGGAGCGCUCGGGGAAAACGUCGGUGAAGCCGGACAGCAGCGGGCAGAAGGACGAGAAGCUCACCGAGUCGUUGAAGCGCGAGGCGGACCAGGCGCGCCGGGACGCCGAGAGGCUCGAGAAGGACUUUGCCAGCGCGGCCGAGGAGAGGGACAGGGCCAAGAACGAGCUCGAGGAGAUGAAGCGCAUGUACAGCAAUCUGGAGAAGCGCAUGAAAGCUGGAAUGGCACUGGCCGGCUGCCCCAGCGCCAAGGACGUGGCGAGGAUAGCCUCCCAGAAGAGCAUGGACAAGCCGGAGCCCGAGGAGAGCGAGGAGAGCGAGGAGGAAGAGAGCAGCGAGGAGGAGAGCAGCGAGGAGGAGGAUCCCAAAGUUGCCGAGGAGAAGCGCCAGCAAAGGGAGCUCAAGCUCAUGAAGACCAAGAUAAGGAAUUUCAAGGACAAGACUGUCAAUUCCAAGAAGGAGAGACAAGCACUGAAAGAACAAAUAAAGCAGCAGCAAAAGUUCCUGAAGGACGAGAAGAAGAAGUUCAAGAGUCUCCAGAAGGAGGUGGACAAAAUGGCCAAACUGAUGGCAGACACGGAAGAGAACGAGGACGAGGAAGAAGAGGAGGACGAGGAGGAAGAGGAGACGGAAUCCGAAGAGGACUCAGAGUCCGAGGAGUCGGAGGAUGAGGAGGACUCUGAAACUGACGACGAAGAGAAACCUGUAGAGCAGCGCAAAGACAAAUUGCAGAAUCGCGUCAAGAGACACGAAAACAGAUUGGGAGCACUAAAGAAGGGCAACUAUUUGCUCAAGGCCCAAGUGGACAGACUAAAGGAUGACCUAGCUAAACAGCGGGAAGAAAGUCUUUCGUUGCAAGAAGAUUUGGAUUCUGUGUUGGCUGAAUUAGGUUGAGACCAAAGGCACGCGGAUAAAUGCUGAUCCAAAGAGAAUAAUUAAAAGUACAUUAAUAAUAAUA